CGGUAUAAAAUAGCCAUGGUGGUGUUGUCGACAAUAGCUGGUGAACAGUAAAAUAUGAAACCUUUGGCAAAAAGCAAGCGCAGAAGUGAGCGGAAAGGGAGGUUGAGGGCUACGAAGACGGAAAAGACCCAGGAUUUGUUGGGGAUGGAAAAGGAGACUGGUGGAGAUACAGAGGAGGUGGUAUCGUCGUCCCUGGACAAUGGAAACAGCGAUAAUCCCGCUGACCAGGUGGAACUGCCGAUAAGUCCCGAGUCCUUCCUCGAGUUUGACGACAUUGAGACCUAUAGCGAUAAUUCCCCAGACGAUAUGGCCUUUUCUAUGGAAGAACUUCCAGAUUUGACUCCCGGAAUGAACUCAGUAUCCCUGGUUGUUGGAGAGGGGUCCCGGGCAUCGGACCUUUGUGACAUGAUCUCUAGAUUGACUGUGGCACACGAGGUCCGUAUGUGUCGGCUGGAGGAUGCGUUCGAAGCGUGUAAUGCGCAGUGUUAUCUGCUGCUCUGGGUGUUGAUUGACAUGCCUGUAACACAGGAGGUCCUCAGUUUCACCACUUCUAUCAGAUAUGCAAGCAGUUGCAAUAGAAGUACGGUUAUUAUUGGCAUCUCAGAAGGUCAAUCUGUUGUUGAUCUGAGACUACAUGGGAUCGAUGAAAUGAUUCUACAGCCGGUGAGCAACAAAGACGUAUGCGAGAAAUACACCAAGUGGACAUCUACACAUAUUAACACGGAUCUAAGAGAUGGUCAGGAUGCGGAACUCCCCGACUUCUCUAGUCCCUCGACUCCAUCGACACUUACUACUCCAACAACACCCUCCACUCCUGCCUCCGAAAGUGGGGAUGGAUGCAGUGUGGCGAUGUCUUUGGAUAGUGGAAUAGAAUCUCCUGCUCUUCAUCAGGAUAAGUGCACAGUCCAACUGCCAUCAUUUUCUCAACUUAAAGCUAUGGUGCCCAAGCUAAGACAGGGCAAGUUACCUAAGAAUAAUACUGCAAUUGAUCAUACUACAAAGGAGAAAGUUAGAAGAGAACGGAUUAAGGAUAGUUGUGACCAGUUGAGGGUACUACUGCCAUAUGUCAGGGGCCGCAAAACAGACAUGGCUUCCAUACUGGAAAUGUGUGUUGAAUAUUUGAAACUUGUCAAUGAGGCUCUGCCUCAGGAGUUUCAAAAUCAGAUUGCUGACUUGAUGACCAAGGGGCCUGUCGUGGAAGGAUCAGGGAGGAGUGGAAAGAGGUGUGAAAAAGGAGGGAAAUGUGUCAAAAUACCAAUGUCCCCUGGAGAAUCCAACACCGUGACGUCAUCCAUUGAAUCGGAAUAUGCUUGUCAUAGACAAAUCAGCAAAGAAGAAAGCUCCAGAGAGCCUGCAGAUACAGACAAAAUCAAGACUGGUUUCAAAAGAGACUUGGAGGAAGGUAAUGGCAAUAUAUUCCCAGUGAAGAGAAUCCGGAUCCAGUCGGGAACAGAGGAGUAUAACCACGUCCAGAAACCUUUGGCUGUGCUACCCUCCAUUGAUGCUCUUAAAGUUCCCAAAACAGAAAAUGCCUUCCCUGAUCAUACCACAUAUCCUGGCUAUCCUUACCACCAGCUGUCCUCUCAGAUGUUAUACAGCGAGUAUGAUCCUCAAUGCAGAAUGUACAGUGCUUAUGAAGGGUACUUAGCUCCUCCUUAUUACAAUCCUACCAACCCCAACAAACAGCAGAUAGAACGGGAUGGGAUGUACAUGGAUAACCAGAUGCUGUUCCACUUUUAUGGUGGUGGAGCGCUCGCCAAUGGUUACAAUGUCAGUGGUUUGACAGAUUACGUCAACCCCAAUGCCGUCUUGCCUGUAGCUUACAGUAAAAUCAAAUCGGAUGAACUUUGUGAGCAAUCUUCCCCAGUUUCUCAUGCCAAACCUGAAUAAUUUCCAUCGACUUGAUCACUUGGCGCAGUAGAUUUGUGGUUUACAAAAAAAAAAAACUCUAUAAAGGAAAUUAAUGGGGAUUGUAAGUAGCAUUUCAAAUUGUAAGCAGAACUCAAACUUUACAUUAGACAAGGAAAUAAAAAUUGAAAAGUACCAUUCAUUCAUAACAGAGAUAUCUCAACAGUUUUAUUGCACUUUGGUUGUAUUUUCUUUAGAGAAAAUUAAUAUAUUUAGCUCACAUGAGUUAUAAGCUCAGGUGAGUUUUUCUGAUCACCUGUUGUAUGGCGUCCAUCUGUCUCUACAUCUGUCUAUAAACUUUACACAUUUUCAAUAUUUGCUCCAGAAUAACGGAGCCAAUUUCAGCCAGCCUUGCCACGGGGCUAGGUUGGGGUCAUGAUAUGUGGUCAAAAUUUGUGAGGGAAUGAAUGAGGGUGCUAAAAAUCUUCUGAAGAACACCAGGGCAAAGGUAACUAAGGUGAGCAUUAUGGCCCAUGGGCCUCUUGUUUUUUUUUUUUAUGUAGUUUUUUUUUAAGAUUAUUUGUUUAGUUUCUCUUGGUUGCUACUUCAACCAAAUUUCUUUUUUUGUUUGACACUGUUGAGGACAGUUAUUGUUGGAUAUUUUGCUGGAUUUCUAUUUUUAAAUUUUGCUCACAUGAAGAAAACAAAUGUACCAGGUAAAUUAACAGACUUGUUAUUAUGUCAAGUAUUGAGGAACUAGAUAGGGGUGAAUGCUGCAAUGCAGGUCAUUUGUUGUAGCGUAAAGACGAAUUGUACUAUUUGAUGCAAGUAAUAUUAUGAAUAUUGUUUUACGAAUAUUGAUGUUUGGUGGGAAGAAAAAUCCUUUUCAUUGUCUAAUCUUGGUGAGUGAAUUAUAUAUCACUAACACUUGACAUGAUACUAAUGUACAUUAUUUUGAUAUUAUAAACUUUAAAUUGUGCUGGAUGCACAAUGUAUAUAUGUAAAAGACAUUGUAUUUAGAUGUGCUAUGUUGAUUUGUUCAUUUUCUGUAAUAACCAAUGUGUCUUGAAAUACAUGUACUGCGGACUUGGUGUAAACCUUGAAAAACUUAUCAAUCUACGUGUUAUGACUUGUUCAGUUUGCAAAAAAAUAUUUUGUGAUUUUUGUUACUGUUAUUUUAAAAUAAAUCAACAAACUAAU